GGAUAUUACGUCUAUUGUGAGUGCGCUCUCUUCCGUCACAGUGUACCAUUGACUCGUUGCCACAUUAAAAUUUACUGUAAGUCGCUCCUCUUUUUAUCAGCGCAUUGAACGAAGCGCAGUUCCCAUUGUUUUUGAGAAGGACUUUUAAAAAUUAUAUGUUUUUAAGUAAAACGUCCAAACGCAACAGCCACAUCUAUCUGACUUAUCAGAACUCGUGUGUUAGGUUACGCACCUCAGCCAAGGAUGCUUCAGAGGAGUUCAACACUACGAUAUUUUCUGGGCCUCGUACCUGGGAAACGUCGCUUUGGUCCUUACAGAUUUCUUCCAGUCUUUUUUUGCAUUGGAGGUGUCAUGGAGUGGAUUAUGAUCAACGUGAGGAUAGGAAGAGAAACGUUUUAUGAUGUCUACCGAAGAAAACGAUCAGAGCGGGAGUACCAGCAGAAAGUGGCGGAUGGUGUUGUAGUUUUAAAUGAGCCUACAGCCAAGUGAAAGAAGCUUGUGUGGCCUUGUCACAUUUCAUCAUGGGCAAAUCCUUGGAAUCUUAUCACAGUAUUGAAAACCUCAAAUCCAUUAAGUUAUGGUUAUGACAUGCAUGUUUUAUUGUUAUAGCUAACAAAAUGACAUACUCUAUGGUCAUCAUGCUUUAACUACCCAAUCUGGCUUUAAAUACAAAAUAGCACAUGCCAACAACAACAACAAAUAAAGUGUCUUUAGUGUAUUUAUAUAGUGCUGUAUAUUACGCAGGACAGAGAACAUUUUCUGUCACUUUUAAUGAUUAAACAGUUAUGUUUA